UAUCACGUCGGCUGUGCACCGUCGAACACCGUUGACAGAUAUACGCACGCUUUUCAACUGGCGCGCGUACCUAGCCGCACUGUAUAAAAAAAAACGCGCGCGCGAAUUUUUUUUUCGCCGAUGUUCCCUGUGACCCGCGGCAACGACCACGUUUCGGUCGCGAGUGUUAUCAUCAGGUUGGCGGGGGUGGUUCGGGGUCCGUUGACCACGGUCGCUGAGUGAGUGUGGUUGAAGAGUUUUUUUUUUUUUUGAUGGUUCGUUUGGUUCGCGAACUUCCGGCGAUAAGGACCAGGAAGUGCGAAAGGAUAAGUGUGUUGAAUUUUCGACGUUGUCUAGGAUGCUUCUGAGUGAUGCUCACCGCGGCAUUACUCGCCUCUGAUCUACUGGAUGCACCCUAAUGUGUAAGAAAUCAAUAAUACUGCUUGGACUAAAGUCUCUGAUAACACUGAUAACGGUAACCAAUAUAAUAGCCGCGUCACCUUUUUGUCCUCGUGGUGAAAUUAGGUCGGCCAUUAUGACCCUGUACCCAUCCAAUCGUCCGCUGAGAAUCGAGAACAGAAAAGUGAUCGCCAGGAGGCCCCACAAUGAAAUGAAUUCUUUGCUAUUCAUCAAAUAUGAGUCACUCAAUCUCCUUCUGUAUGAUCCCAGAGCCAUGCAUUUCAUUUGUUUCAACCCUAAACGAACGAAAUUAAUGCCUAAGAGAAAUCCCCUGAAGAGCAAAAUAGACCAGUGCUUGUUCCGCGAAGAGGCUUCUCGAGAGAUGCCUCAGACCCUCCGUAGCUACGUCAACUACCACAGAGACAGAAGGGUCAUGAUCACCAUAGGCCAAAACGGCCUCUUUUUGGACAGGGAGGGCCGGAACUGCACCAAGAAGCCCAACAACCACCACCAUCUCCACAAAACCAAGAGGAACUGCAGAGGUGACAGCGGCUUCUUGAUAUCCAGCUGCAAGGACGGCAAAUGGAUCUUCUGCGACGUGGUGAAGGAGGUGAGAAAGAGCAGGGGGGUCAUACACGAACUGAAGACGAAGUAUUGCGAAAACACCUGAGACUGACAACUUGGCAAUAACGCUUAUCUGCUUGGUAGGUGAAUGAAAGUAGCAGCGUGAGAGAAUAAUUGCUGUAUACGUGUGUUGAGCUGACUAUUUUAUAUAUUUUUAUGUGUACAUGAACAGCCACGAGAUGCCGGCGUUAUUGGAAAGCUAUAAAGCAUGAGAGAAUUUUAAUUUUUAAUGUACAAAAUUAUAGAUAGUGAAAUUGUAGGACGUAUGGUGACGAUACGCGUUUGGUUGAGUAAUCGUCAAUUAUUACAGUCUCUACGCUACAUUCCUUCACAAUUUAUUUCCAGUUGACCCUUCCCCAGUAAUCAUUUUAUCUGAAAUAACAUUUUUCACAAUGGAAAAUAAUAACUUGACAAUAAAUUGGAAAAAAAAAUCGAUUGAUAUAAUGGAAUUAUGACAUAAAUCUUAAAAAUUGUCUAAUUUUUUUUGGGUUACUGAAAUACAUCACAUUCUACAGGGUGUAAGUGAUUAGUAAUUGCUUUUGAAAAGUAACGGUUUUUGAGAAAAAAAAAUUAUCAAAAGGUACCUUCUCGCAACUUAUCAUUUUCACCCUGAGUAAUAGAAACCCUGAACAUUCCCUUAUAAUUUUCAAUUCCCAUAUUCUUCUUCCUUACAAAUAUACUCACAUCACAAAACUAUAGGGUUACAUCUUUGAAACUCUUUAUUAAAGAAAAAAAAAAUUUAGUCCAUGUCCAUAAUAUCAGAACUUAAUUUUUAUGUGUUGUUCACAAAGAGAUAAGCAAUAUGCAGCUUGCAUUCUACCAUAUACGUAGAAAUAUUUAAAUGUGUUCAUUUUAUUCUAACGAUUUUUGAUCAUUACUCAACCCAAAAGCAACAAUAACUUUUUCUUGGUUGUAAAUUAAAUAAUUUAUUUUUUGUAUUCGAUUACGCGUUGUAAUUUUAGCUUUUGUAUAAUUUUUCCUUUUGUAUAUUAACAAAGUCAUUAAUAAUGAUAGUUGUACAGUUUUUGUUUACCCCCAUGGGGUAUUAUUUAAUAGUUUUUAAUUAUUGAUGUGUAUAUACUUUGUAUUUAUUUUCGGUGUUUGCUUGAUAUUACGUUGAAUUUUCAUCAACUCCUCUCACAUUUCAUUCAGUUCACAAUCCAUUCAUCUCAUGCUGAAACCAGUCUAGGAUUUUUUCGUGAAAUUUCUUUAUUGUUUGGUUUAUCAUCAUUUCGAGUGAUCUGAAAUUAUUCGAUGAAAAAUUCGAAUUUAAUUAUCAGGAUGAAAUCGAAUUUUCAUUUUCCAUUCGCGUGAUAUUCAACGUAGUAUCAAACGAAUUCAGUACCUUCAGCAGUAUUUAUAACUUGAUUCCAUAAUUUUCGAUCAAUUGAGAUAAAAAUCUGUGCCUAUAUUGUGUGCUACGAUUAUCCAUUUUUUUUCCAAAUAAAUCAGUGUUAAAGCAGUCAAAAAUUUUAUUGGAAUUAUAACAGCCCAACUCAGAACUUAUAUAUUACUGGACUACAUAACUACAAGCUUCUAAAAGCAUAGGGUUACCAUAGAAUAUUCCAUAAACUGGAUGAAUUUUGUUUAUGAAUCCAAAGGGAAAGAAUUGUUGUCAAUUCCGUGAUAAAAGAGUAUUUUUCUAGAGGAAGCUUUCGGCCAUGUCUAUUUUGGUGGUCCAGUUUUGAUGGAGAAAUGAAGCUAAUUUUCUAAUAAAACGAAAACGAAAAAAAUCACCCUUAAAUUUUCAUAUUCAUACGGAAUUUAUUCGACUUUUUGGCAGAAUUUGUGAUUUAACCCAUUUUUCUUUGUGUGUUCAGUAAUUUCAGUAAAACAGGAUAUUGUCAGAUGUUUAAAGAUGUGUGCUUCAUGCUAAAUGGAUUAAAAAGUAGCCUAUAUUAAGAGAUCUGUGCCAUUUGUAGCUAAUGUACUUAUUAUGAUAUAUACAUUCCAUAACUCAUGAUUUGCAAUAAAUAUUCUACCGAA